CACUUUGAGUUAUGGUAAUCUGAAUUGUAUUUUACUAAUAGGUAUAGCUUUACGAGUCGUACCGUUUUGUUUUUGUUUGUCAAUGCAGCAGUGAAGCAUCCACAUCCUGCAUCAUUUGUGUUAAUAUCUAUUACGCAUAACGUUUUCUUUGUUUUCUGUUAAUAGAUAAAUGACAAAUGUAUCAACCAAAUGGUGCUUCUAUUUCAGGCUUAGUCCAGAAUAAUUUGUUAGUCCAUGCUCAAUAUUUAGAUUGUCGCCCCAAUACAAUGGACAAUAUCAAUGGAGCCAACAGCCCCAGCAACUCUAAUCUUACCUCAAAGCAGCGACUGCGUUGGACACAUGAGCUUCAUGAACGCUUUGUUGAUGCCGUUGCACAACUCGGUGGGCCAGAUCGUGCAACACCCAAAGGUGUUUUGAGAGUGAUGGGUGUACAAGGUUUAACCAUAUACCAUGUAAAGAGCCAUUUACAGAAAUAUCGACUUGCAAAGUAUCUACCCGACUCCUCAGCUGAUGGGGGAAAAGCUGACAAAAAAGAACCAGGGGACAUGCUUUCCAACGUGGAUAGUUCCUCUGGAAUGCAAAUUACGGAAGCAUUAAAGCUGCAAAUGGAGGUGCAGAAGCGACUGCAUGAACAAUUAGAGGUACAGAGACAGCUACAAUUACGGAUAGAAGCACAAGGUAAAUACUUGAAGAAAAUUAUUGAAGAGCAACAACGACUUAGUGGGGUUCUUUCGGAAGGACCUGGCCCUGGGAACACCCUUGCUUCAGGUGACAAUUGCCGAGAGUCUGACAAGGUCGACCCAGCAACACCUGCCCCUACCUCUGAGUGCCCCAUCCAAGACAAGGCUAUCAAGGAACGCGCACCAGCCAAGAGCCUUUCCAUCGAUGAAUCUUGCUCAUCUCGUCAUGAUGAACCGUCGACUCCAGAUUCUGGUUGUCAUGUUAUUUCUCCAGCUGAGAGCCCAGACGCAGAGAGGUCGUUGAAGAAGCAAAAAUUUAGCAUGGGUGAAGCGUUUUCUAAUCCAGAAGUGGUACUUACACAUCAAAUAUUGGAGUCCAGCUUAAACUCUUACCAGCAAGCACACACCCAUUUUGUGCCCAGGGAGCAGUCUAAUCCCACAUCUGAUUAUUCCAUCAGGAAUGUUGAUUUGGAACAGGUUGCUGGGAGUGAUAUGUAGUUGGAAAA